AUGACAAUACAAUUUAACCUUAACCUCACCACAAAAAUUAGAAUUUAGGUUUUAAGCUAAGAUGUGUGGAAAGUGUAUUUAUAUUUAUCCAUAUUCCAAAUAAUUAUGAAUAUUAUAACAAGAUUCUUGUGUCCCUAACUCAACAUGAAUCGGUUUUAAAUCGUUUAUCUAAAUGAAAAUAAGUUCCAACACAACCAACUGUUGUCAGAGAAAUAUGAAGAUUGGCAGUAGAUUGUGUUUCAUAAAAAGAUUUCUAUCAAUAAAACCCCACGUUAAACCAAAAAUAUGUAUAGUGGGAGCUGGCCCUGCAGGAUUUUAUUCAGCACAGCGUCUUGUGAGGAAGUUGGAUUCUUCAGAAAUAGACAUUUAUGAAAGAUUACCAGUACCUUUCGGAUUAGUAAGAUUUGGUGUUGCUCCAGACCACCCAGAGGUUAAAAAUGUCAUCAAUACUUUCACAAAAACUGCAGAAAAUCCAAACAUUAGGUUUAUUGGUAAUGUCAAUUUAGGAAGAGACAUAACUUUGGAAGAAUUGAGAAAUGCAUAUCACAUUAUUCUGCUUACUUAUGGUGCUGAACAGGGAAAAAGAUUGAGUAUACCUGGUGAAAACCUUCAAAAUCAUAUAGAAGCUAGGAAAAUAGUUGGUUGGUAUAAUGGUAUACCAUGGGACGCAAAUUUGGAAAUAGAUCUCAGUGGAGAAGUUGCUACAAUUUUUGGACAAGGUAACGUUGCCAUAGAUGUUGCUAGAAUAUUACUCAGCCCUGUGGAUGAACUGAAGAAAACUGACAUCACCGCGCAUGCUUUAGAAGCCAUAUCUUCUUCAAGAAUCAAAACUGUUUAUGUGAUAGGUCGAAGGGGCCCUCUUCAAGCUGCAUUCACCAUUAAAGAACUCAGGGAAAUGCUGAAAUUGAGAAAUUGUUCCACAAUAUGGCAACAACAAGAUUUUUGUGGUAUUGCUGAAUACAUUCCAAAGUUGGAGAGACCUAGAAAACGUAUAACUGAGCUUAUGUUGACAUCUUUAGGGCAAAAUACCCCAACUGAAACAGUUAAAGAGUUUAGGCCAUUAUUUCACAGGUCACCUUUGCAGAUUUUGGGAGGUAAUAAAGUAGAAGGAGUGUUAUUGGGGGUCAAUAAGCUAGAAGGUGAUAAUUUUCUAAAUCAGAAAGCAGUUUUGACAGAUCUGCAGGAAACUCUAAGAAGUGACCUUGCUAUAUCUAGCAUCGGCUAUAAAUCCAUUCAAGCUGAUGAUGAGAUACCUUUUGAUUUUGAUAAAGGUGUAGCAAGACAUACAAAUUUUAAAGUUGACCAAGGCUUCUAUGUCUCAGGUUGGCUAGGAACUGGACCUCAGGGAGUGAUACUUACUACAAUGAAUAAUGCCUUCAGUGUUGCAGAUAAAAUUUUAGAAGAUAUGCAAUCUGAAAAUUUAGUUGAAGUCAGUAAAGCAGGUUAUGAUGCAAUUGAAAAAAUAUUGUCCGAAAAAAAUAUUCAAAGAGUAAUGUGGAAAGAUUGGAACAAAAUAGACAAGUAUGAGGUAAGAGCAGGAGCUAAAGUUGGGAAACCAAGAGAAAAAAUUAUUGAAAUUGAAAAGAUGUUAGAGAUUGCCGCUUCGUGAUACUGUGAUUAUUUGAUGAAGUAUAAGUAAAAUAAGGUGAGUUGGAUCAUAAAGCUUGUUGAGUCAUAAUUUAAUUUCUAAAAAUAUAUAUUCUUGAUAGACGUGAUUUUUUUAAAACAUUUUCAAAUAAUGAAGCCAAAGAUUGCUCAUUUUUCUCUGCAUAUAUUUCAUCUAAGAUGUUUAAUAAUCCGGAAUUACAACUUUUACUGGGCAUUUCAGUUAUUUUUCAAUUUUCUUAACCAAACCUGCAUUAUUCCCAUUAAAUUUUUAUUAGGCUUAUAAGCUACUUUGAUACAAUUCUUACAAUACAUCCAAAUAAUAUUAACCAAUAUUAGCCAUCUCAUACCGAUUUUUGUCUGUUUUGUAAACAUCAUUCUGUACCUAGUUUAUAAAGUGAUUUUAUAUUCUAACACAUAGCCCCAACAAAUUGAGUUAUUUAAUAUUGAAAUGCAUGCUUCACUUCAUAUAAUUAUCAAGUUUGAACAUCUGCUUUAUUUUAAAAAGAGUAGUUCUUUCAUUAAAUGAUCUUAUUCGUCCAUAUACAUUAUUUUGUUUCAAAUAUAUAUUUUAGAUAAAUUUAGUAUAAUUUUUUUCAGACCUCUAGUUUAUUUUAUGGUCCUUGAAAACCAAACUUUCUAUUUGGUAAAUCAGACCCAUACUUGUAAUUGUAAUUUGUUUUCAAUAAUGAAAUACAUGAACACGAGACAAGAUUUUAUGCUAAUUUUCAUAUAUAUAGAACUCACACUGGCAGUAUGAAAAACUUAUUCUACAAGGGACUACGGGAAUUUAACAAUUUACCAAAUGCCAUUGAAGAGGCAAAUACUGUAUGAGGGUUUAAAAAUAAACUAUUGGAAUAUCUAGAGUGUUAGUUGGUUGGAAAAUAUGUAUAUAUGUAUGUGUGUGUUACUAUAUUAAUAUUUAUUUUUAACAUUGGUUCUGAUAAAUUGUAUCUAGUUUAUCAUUAUUAUUGUUAUUAUCUAUAUACAGAUUUGAAUGUUAUUAAUAUUGUUGGCAGGCUGUGGAAAUUUGAAUUGUUAUUACUUAUUAUACAGAUACAGAUAAUUUAUUCAUCAUUGAAGUUUUUUACACAAUGGUACAAAACUUAUCAGACUAAAAACAUAUUAUAAGUAUUACAACUUAUAAGAACAUUAUAGAGCUCACAAGAAAAUAUGAAAAACUCACAGAUAGUGCAUCAAACAGUGAGGUACUCCUCUAUUGUAUAAAAAGUAUUUUCAUUAAGGUAAUUGAAUAAUGUUGUUUUGAAGGUAUUAAAUUUUUUUUUUAUCUUGUAAGAUUAGGAUAUAUCCUAUAAUAAAGACUACUACUCCUACAUGGUUUCCAAGUCAUUUUCCAUUCAUCAUAAUAUUCAGAAAAAUUCGAAUAUAAUGUUCGUGUAUGGUGUUGUCUCCAGAAAACUAACUUCCAAGUACUAAAUUUGUUAAUAAUUAGACAAUUCUUUCUCCACCUGUCUUCUUAGACAGUAUUUUCUUCGAUGUAUUUCAGUAAUACUUAUUGUAAGAUCACAUAUAGUUCACAAAACCUCAACAUGUAUUUCACUAUACAAUAGCUUCUUCUUGAGGUGUGUUCAAUUACAGAACUAACUAAAACUA